CUUAGUUUUUAAGUGUAUUUGUUGCAUCAUUUCAGUAUUCAAACUGCUCUACCUAAAGCCAGAAACUUUGGGUCGCAGUUCCCUAGCGCAGAAUAACUGAGAGAAACUGGCGGAGCCCAUCACUGAAACUGCAUUUGACAGAAAACUCUUAGGAUGGGGAAUAGUGCAUUGAAAGCCCACCUGGAGACAGCACAGAAAACUGGCGUGUUUCAGCUAACAGGAAAGGGACUCACAGAGUUUCCUGAAGAUCUGCAGAAGUUAACAAGCAACUUAAGAACAAUAGACUUGUCAAACAACAAAAUAGAGCUUUUGCCACCGCUCAUUGGAAAAUUUUCCUUCUUGAAGAGCCUUGCUCUAAACAACAACAAACUGAGUGCUUUACCCGAGGAGCUGUGUAAACUGAAAAAACUGGAAACACUACACUUGAAUGGCAAUCACUUGAGGCAGCUACCAGCUGCUUUUGGACAGCUUUCAGCUCUCAAAACCCUGAGCCUUUCUGGAAACCAGCUUCAGACUGUGCCCACACAACUCUCUGGUCUUCGCCACCUGGAUGUAGUAGAUCUUUCAAAAAACCAGAUCCAAAAUGUACCUGACACUGUUGGAGAAUUGCAGGCUAUUGAGCUCAAUUUGAAUCAGAAUCAGAUUUCUCAGAUCUCAGUGCAGAUCUCCCACUGUCCACGCCUCAAAGUCUUGCGCUUAGAAGAAAACUGUCUAGAACUCAGCAUGCUUCCUGAAAGUAUCCUCAGUGAUUCCCAGAUCUCACUGCUUGCAGUAGAAGGCAACCUCUUUGAAAUCAAGAAACUCAGAGAACUGGAAGGCUAUGACAAGUACAUGGAGCGAUUUACAGCUACAAAGAAGAAGUUUGCAUAAUCAUUAUUCUGACCAGUAAUACCCAGCAAAGAAAUUAAUAACUGGAACAUCUGCUUCACUGACUUAAACCAAGACUGAUGCAGGAGAUGAUCACAGUACUGCUCCUCUAGGACUCUGCUAAGGUCUGCUCAGGCCACAUUGAUUACACUUGAACUAGAGAACAUGAACAUUGAACUGAUGAACCUGUCCAGGGGCCAGUUUUUAUUUUUGUGCCACUUUAGCUUAUAACACGUGUUCUUCUUU